AUGGGUAGUCAUCAAAGUAAGGCAUCUGAAGCACAAUAUUUGGAAAUAUUUUUAGAGUUUUCAGAAGAUGAAAAGGCUACACUCAUAAAAGUAUUUGACGAGUUCACUUCUGAUAAUUCUGAUGUACAAAAGGCUAAAACAGUAGAAGUAAUAGCAACAAGUAUCAAAAAUUUCUUUCCAUCAACGAUUAGUGAAUCACUCAAAAAUGGAUUUGUUACAUAUUUUCAAUCGAUGUCAGUUGAAAAAUCAUUUUUAACUAAAAAUUCGGAAAAGACAUCUAUUGUGAUAACUAAGCCUGGGUUUGUAUCAGCGAUUCAUAAAUUGGUGAAAAAUAUACCAAUUGAUAGAUCUCAAGCAGUAUAUAUUAUAGGACAGUUAUCACAAAGUACGCUUAUAGAUUUUGUGAGAGAUGUCGUUCGAGCAGCACUGCCAUAUUGGUUUGAAGGUUGUUAUUCACCUGAGCAGAAAAAAUUAAAAAAAGAAAGCAAUAAAUUAUUUAAAGAAGAUAUGUGUUUGAUUGAUUUAGUACUAUUAAAGACAAAAAUUAAACAUAAAGAGACAGAAGAUGACGAAUUUUUAGCCAGUUUUAUUAAAGAAACAAAAACAAAAGGGUAUUUUGAUCAAGGACAAUUUAUGGAUUGGUACACUAAUAAUUUACUAUUUCAGCAUUUAUUCAACAUAUUGGUAAAUCGAUUAUUCUUACACCAGACAAUUCCAUAUAAUUCAGUGGAAGGAAUGAAUAAGUUACGAUUUUCUAAUCAAAUCUCACCAGAAAUUCAUUCACGAUAUAAAUUGAUGGAAUUCUCAUAUCUAUUAUCACCAGCAGAUUAUUAUUUUUUAAAUGAUAAUUUACCAUUAGAUUGUAGAAACACACAACAUAUAUUAUUAUUUUCAUCAGCACUUGAUGGAGGAAGUUGGAAUGCAUUUGUUGAUUCAUUAAUGUAUCAAGGAUCUACGUAUAUCAUAAUAAGGGAUAAAGAUGGCUAUACAUUCGGUGGAUUUGCAUAUGAAGAUUGGAAACAAACUUCCAAGUUUUACGGUGAUAACAAAAACUUUUUAUUUUCUGCUAGACCUAAAUUAAGAUGUUAUCCUACUACGGGUUAUAACAAUAACUUUCAAUAUUUGAAUUUUGGUGCAAAAACUUUACCAAAUGGAUUUGCUAUGGGUGGACAGUUUGAUUAUUGCGGUUUAUGGAUUGAUUCUGAUUUUAUUCACGGACAUUCAAAAGCUGCAUCUCUUUCAUCAACAUAUGGGAGUCCACGAUUAUCUAAGCAAGAAGAUUUUCUAAUAGAUGAAGUUGAAGUAUGGUCAGUAAGACCAACACAAGUUGAUUUGGAUGAAGUUCGAAAUGGUCCAAAGCGUUCAGUGUUAGAUAGUCACCCUGGAGAGUUAGAGCUUUUAGAAAUGGCUACAGGUCGUAAAAUAUACUCACAAGAAGUUAGAGAACCAGAUGUUUUAUUCAAUGAAGAUGAAGAAUAA